AUGGUGCUCCAGCUGAAUAUUGCGGAGGCGCAGCAGAAGGGGGACGGCGAGAGGGUCCAAGUCCUGAUGCACAUCAGUACUGUCAUGCAGGAGGAGUUGGAGAAGAAGGCGUCAAGAGUGCGGGCCAUGCUGAACAAGCUGCUGCGCAUCGAGGACGAGAACAUCCGGAACAACAUCCUCCGAGAUCAGCUGACACCUGUCGAGGUCGCAGGUGCUCCCAUGGGGGGCGGGGCGCCGCUCAUGGCCGCCAUGGUGCCAUGGGAGCGCCUGGCCCCCGCCAUCGCCACCUUGGUGGAGGAGGUCGACCGCCAGAUGGUCGCCGUCCUAGGCCCUGAUGAUGAUGCUCGCUAUGAGACCAUGGAGCGGAUACGGGAGGUGGCCAAGCAGGCGCGGCUCAUCAUCGGCGAUGUCUACGGGCAGGGCGUCAUGGAUACCUUCAGUGCGGAUCUGACGCCCGCCUUCCACACCCUGAUGUCCUACAAGGCGAGCCGCCCGAAACCCGAGAAGGAGGGAGCCGAGAGCGGCGCGGGCGUGGAGGGCGCGGAGGAAGCGGCCGCGGAGGACGCAGCGGCCGCGGAGGAGUGA